AUGUUCACACUUCCCACUCCAAUCUGGCAUUCCGUUCCGAUUCCCAGAAAAUUGUCCUUUCCCACCGGGAAAAUAUUUUCUCUACAACCGUUAUCCUCCAUAGUGAGCCCUUUUUUGUUUGGUCAAAGGGCAAUUUCGGUUCAAAUGUACAUCCUGGAGCAAGGAUAGUUUCAGGGAUUGUAGGCAAUAAAACUAGUGCCUUCCCCUGCACUCUAAAACCCCACCUUUUUAUAUGACAUUGCACUCUAUUGCAGAGAGAGGGGUUUAGGCUCUAGGUUUAAUGUGAUAGCUAUCGGUCCAAACUCGCUCCUCUCUUCUCUGGGUUUUUAAGGGCUUUCUCUGUGUAACAGACAUGUUGAAGAUGGGGUCCCUCUUUCAUAUUAUUAUUUUCUUUCUCACUUUCUUGGUUCUCACUGGUUCCAGUUCAGAAUCUGUCGAACUCUUAACCCUCUAUGACUCUUCUCCAGUGGUUCUUCAAGCAAUGUCUCACACUGGUGUUCCUAUAGCAGUUUCUGUCAGUGAGGAUGACCUCAAUGAGGUCUCCGGGAGUGUUUUAAUGGCUGAAAGUUGGAUCAGAACCCAUGUUUUGGCCCACUACCCUUCUACUAAUAUCACCACCAUUGUUGUGGGGAACACCGUUCUCUGUAACAAAGACAAAGAAGACAAGUUGAGGUUGGUUUUGCCAUCUCUGAGGAACGUCUAUUACUCCCUAACAAGGUGGGGUUUGGAGAAAGAUAUCAAAGUCUCAGCCGCUUUUUCUUCCAACUGUUUAAACCCUGACUCUGUUCUUGAUAGAGAUGACUUGGCUGACAAAGUUAUCAAACCUCUGCUCUCCUUUCUUGAGCUUACAAACUCAACUUACUCUGUCCACCCUCCUACAAAUUUCUCUCCUUUGUCAGAUGAGAGUGCAGGUUUGGUGUCUUCACACUCAGAGUCAAUGAAAAAGCUUGGAACUUCAAAGCUUAGGGUUAAUGUGAUAGUUCAAAGCGCAAAGGAAGGCAAACCCCAGAGCAGGAAGCUCUCAUUCAUGCAUUCCAAGUUUGUAGAACCAUACCCAGCGAGACCAACCCCAUUACCAGAGCUGUCACCAUCCCCAAUCUACUCCUCCAUUGGUUUCUCUGCUCCUGCAAAUGUAGCUAAAAACCCUCUUCCCCCACUUCCCCCACUCGAAGGAACAGCUUCUCCACCGCCAAUGACAUUCCCUUUUGCCCCUGAAAUGCCGCCUAUUGUAAUUCCAGCAAGCCCACCUUAUAGUUUCUCAUUGCCUCCUUGCAGUCCAUUUGAGGCUGGUGCACCAGCACCGGAGACAGGCGUGAAGCAGGGACUAUGGUGUGUGGCUAAGCCUAGUGUUCCUGCAGAUACAUUGCAGGAGGCAAUGGACUAUGCUUGUGGGGGUGGGGGUGCUGAUUGUGAAGAGAUUGAGCCUCAUGGGAACUGCUAUUAUCCUGAUACUGUUCUUGCCCAUGCUUCCUAUGCUUUCAAUAGUUACUGGCAAAAACACAAGAAAAAUGGAGGCACCUGUAGUUUUGGAGGGACUGCUAUGCUCAUCAACGCUGACCCAAGUUUUCUACAUUGUCGGUUCCUUCAUUCUUAGCUAAAGACAAUUGAGGAAGCCAUUAUGGAGACAAUGGGGUUGUUUUGCCACAAGUUAGUAUUGAUAUUCUGAUUUCAAAGUAACAUGCUCUAUUUUAUCGGAUUAUCUUUAUUGAUUAGAAUAGUAUUUACAUGUAGUAAGUAGGAGGUAGGAACCUGGAAAAUUUUGUUUCUUUCUUACUAAUCUCCAUGGUCUUCUAUGCACAAAAGAAAGACUCUUUUUGACUUCCAUCUUAUAUAUGGUAUGCCCUUUUGCUUUUGCUAGAAAA